AUGGCGAGCGUUAUAGCGCCCCUUUUGAGGCGCUCUCUCCGAGGACUAGCCACCUCUCUCCCAACACGGGCUCGCCCAGGGCGUUUGCCACCAUUGACGACCCGGCCGAAAUGCUUCCAAGCUAGCUUUUCUAUUGUCGUUGCCUGCCGGCCAACGGCCUCUGCUAGCCAAGGAAAGACAAAGCGAGAUGUCAGGAGUAGGAGGUUGUUCAACACGGACGUAGCAGUGGGAGGUUCGGGGCGGAAACCCCCUUCUUUUGCGUUUGCUUUUGAUAUCGAUGGCGUGUUGCUUCACGUCGCCAAGCCGAUUCCCGGCGCCACCGAGGUUCUGAAGUUUUUAAAUGACUACAAUAUUCCCUUUAUUUUACUAACCAAUGGAGGCGGGAAACACGAGACGGAUCGUGUCCGGGAUCUGAGCGAGAGGCUUGGUGUGGAGUUGUCUACCGACAAUUUUGUGCAGUCGCAUACCCCUUUUCAAGAACUGCUUGAUGGGCCGGACGGGCUGCGGGAUAAGACUGUUUUGGUUACCGGGUCGGAUUAUGAGAAGUGUCGGGCUAUUUUUAAAGCAUACGGCUUCAAAAACGUCAUAACCCCCGCCGACAUCUACGCCGCCAACCCAACCGUCUUCCCCUUCCAACACCCCUCCACCUUCACCACCCCGACCCUCCCCCUCCCCAAACCCCUCUACAACCUCCCCCCCACCUCCAAUCCCAACCCCAACCCCACAACCCUCCCCUCCCACCUCAAAAUCGACGCCAUAUUCGUCCUCAACGACCCCCGCGACUGGGCCCUCGACCUCCAAAUCCUAACCGACCUCUUACUCUCCCACAACGGCUACGUCGGCACCUACUCCCCGCGCAACGGCAACGGUGACCCGGCCGUGCUGGGACCCAACUACGGCUGGCAAACCGACGGCCAGCCGCCGCUAUACUUUUCCAACGCUGACUUGCUCUGGAGCGCGGGAUACCAUCUCCCGCGGCUGGGCCAGGGGGCGUUUCAGGCGGCGUUGGUGGGGUUGUGGGCACGGCUUACGGGGGGUGCGGAGUUGAAGAGACGGUGUAUUGGGAAGCCGCAGGGGGAGACAUAUCGGUUUGCGGAGAGGGUGUUGGGGAGGCAUCGGAGGGGGGUUUUGAGGGUGAUGGCGGCGGAGAAGACCGAUGGCGUGGACAAAGAAGGGGAAGCCGGAGACAACGUGGCUGCGCUGGAGAGGGUGUAUAUGGUUGGGGAUAACCCGGAGAGUGACAUUGCCGGGGCGAAUGGGUAUGAGAGUGAGAAUGGGACGGAUUGGGUGUCGGUGCUGGUUAGGACGGGAGUGUGGAGUGAGGGCCGGAGUGGGAAGUUGGAGGGAGUGUUUGAACCGAAGGUUGUUGUGGAUGAUGUGAUGGCGGCGGUGAAGUGGGCGUUGAGGAAGGAGGGCGAAGGACAUGUUGUUUCCACCAAAACGGCCGAGCUCAAGGCGAAUAUCAGCCGCUGUGCUAAAUAA